CAAUUGAGUUGAAUCAAUCAUCAGCGGUUUCUGCGUGCGCAAAGUCGCUGGUUUUGGUUCCCAAAUUUUCAUUGUGUGCCAAAUUUCUUAUCUUUUCAAUUAAAUAAAAUCCAAUUAGGGUUUUCAAAGUCUUCUCCUUUUCUUUCGUUCUCCAAUCCCCAUUUUCCAACGAUCCCCCAAUCAUGUAACUGCUGCUAGGUUGAUCAUAAGGGACUUUAUAUCAUAUGCUAAUUCAUAAAUUCAUUGGAUUUGAUUGGACUGGCAUUUUUCUGGAAUUUGAUAUCAACAAACAAACAAACACUUUCUGAUUUAAUUUGAUAGAAUAGAGGUUAAUGGAGUUGUAGUUUCUGGGUAUUUUUGAUUUGGGGCUGUUGGCAUAGAGAAAGUGUUCCUUCGUUUCGAGGGAUAUGUUGCACAUGGCUCCAAAUCUGAAGUUAAGAUUAGGUGUUUCCUUGUUGUUAAUACUGUUGAGCUGCUUUCUUGUAAUCGGAAAUUCGAAUGCGGAAUUGGAAAAUGAAGUUUUGCAUAGUAAGGUAAGAGCUGCUCCACAUAAGGAUGUUGGAUCCGUUGUAAUUGAUGGUACUGGUGUAGAGAAUUCGUAUAAGGUUGAGAAUGGAAAUAAUGUGGUGGGUAAUAAGAAGGGUGGAAGCAGUAAAGUUUCGGUUUCGACGGUUGCGUUGUUUACGUUGGCAAUGGCAGCUGCCACUGGUUUAGGUGCAGUGCCGUUUUUCUUUGUAGAACUUGAUCCACAAUGGGCCGGGUUAUGUAACGGAAUGGCUGCAGGUGUUAUGUUGGCUGCGAGUUUUGAUUUAAUACAGGAAGGGCAGGAGUAUGGUUCUGGAAGCUGGGUUGUUACUGGAAUUCUAGCUGGUGGGAUCUUUAUUUGGCUAUGUCAAAAGUUUCUUGAGCAAUACGGGGAAGUAAGCAUGUUGGAUUUAAAAGGUGCUGAUGCAACCAAAGUUGUUCUUGUCAUUGGAAUCAUGACUCUACAUUCUUUUGGAGAGGGAUCUGGGGUUGGGGUCUCCUUUGCUGGCUCAAAGGGUUUUAGUCAAGGCCUGUUGGUAACCUUGGCUAUUGCGGUGCACAACAUACCCGAGGGAUUAGCUGUGAGCAUGGUGCUUGCAUCAAGGGGUGUUUCUCCACAAAAUGCUAUGUUAUGGAGUGUAAUUACAUCUCUACCGCAGCCAAUUGUAGCUGUUCCUUCUUUCAUUUGUGCGGAUGCAUUCAGCAAGUUUCUUCCUUUUUGUACGGGAUUUGCUGCUGGAUGCAUGAUUUGGAUGGUUAUUGCUGAAGUACUUCCUGAUGCAUUCAAGGAAGCCUCACCUUCGCAGGUUGCAUCAGCUGCAACCCUUUCUGUAGCAUUUAUGGAAGCUCUCAGCACCUUCUUUGAGAACUUCACCCAUGAUUACAACUCUGAGGAUGCUUCUGGCUUCUUUGUUUCAUUACUUUUUGGCCUAGGCCCGUUUCUUGGCGGGAUUUUUCUGGUUGCAUUUGCUCUUGCUUUUCAUCUCAAGCACGCCCUUCUCAUGGGCACUGCUUGCGGUAUUGCCUUUGUCCUUGGUGCUUGGCGACCCUUACAGCUUAUUUUGUCUUCAAAAUUGGGACUUAUUCCUGUCACGUUUCUCCUUGCAAUGGGAGCCGCUUUGGUCCACAUAUCUUCUUCUGGUGUAUUGAAGCUUGCUGCUUCAAAAAAAACCUCAGCCCAUAGCUUACCUACAAUCACUGGCUUCCCACUCAGUAUUCACACCCUUCAAUCAUUCAUAUCAUGUGGUGCAGUUGCUAUUCAUGCUCUGGCUGAAGGACUUGCAUUGGGAGUGGCUGCCCCAAAGGCAUAUGGACUUGGUCGUCAUAUGGUCCUUCCAGUCUCUUUACACGGGCUUCCUCGAGGUGCAGCUGUGGCUAGCUGUAUAUUUGGAGCCACUGAUAGCUGGCAUGGUUCUCUUGCAGCAGCUGCCAUAAUUGGAUUCAUGGGUCCGAUAUCUGCAAUUGGAGCUAUUCUAAGUGGUAUCGAUUAUAGUGGUCUUGAUCACAUUAUGGUUCUUGCCUGUGGGGGAUUAAUUCCUAGCUUUAGCAGUGUAGUUAAGAGAUCGCUUAGUUUGGAUAAACGGAAAAGCACUUGUGGCCUUAUCAUAGGUAUCGGUUUUGCUACUUUAUGUCUAACAUUCACUAGAUUGGUUUGCUUGCAUACACCAUACUGUAAUUCUGCACCAGAGGCUGUAAGAUAAGACAUUAUAUGCUAUAUUUCCUGCUUGGUCUGUGAUUAGUGUUCCUGCAACAUACACUUCUUUAGUUCAAUUUCCCAAGGCAUCGUUGCACAAAUUUGAAGAGAUUAACAGCGAAUCACAAGUGGAAGUUCCACAAGAAGGGAGAAUAUACUGAAUGACUGAGUUUUAUUUCAGAACUUGUCCAUGUGUAAUAUUUUAGUGUUUACUUGUAUAUAAGCUUUUACCCAUGAUUUAACUGUUUUACAGUGUAGAACUAUUGAGAAGUGGAACAUAUAUUAUUCUCUUUUUUCCU